AUGCAAAUCUACAACGACCGCAUUCCCCGCCGUAGAACGUUGAGAAUCCUGAGAGUGGUGGUCGAUUGCAACCUGAACUUCCAGCACCAUUUCCACGAGGUGAAGAAAAGCUGUGCCACCCGGUUAAACCUCAUAAAAACCAUCUCCAAACCUCACCGGAGUAACAACCGAACGAUCCGUUUACGGGUGGCCAAAGCCAUCAUCAAUAGCCGCCUCACCUACAGUCUCGAAGUGACAUGCCUGGCCAGAGAUAAACUCAUAAAAACUCUAUCCCCGGUUUACAACAAUGCACUACGGAUUAUCUCUGGUCUGCUACCAUCAACACCAGCAGCCUCGGUAUGCGCCGAAAUAGCAGAACCUCCGUUUGACAUUUUUGUGGACGCGGCGAUAGUUUCCAGAACUGCGAGCUUUCUCGCUAAAACCAGCGGAGAUAAGGAGACACACCUGACUGUUUUAACGAACGAAAUCUUGCAGCAGGUGACACACUCAAACCUCCCAUCGAUAGCUAAACAGCUUUGGUUUGGGACUAACGACUGGAGGUUGCCGGUGGUCCAAGUGGAUGAUACAAUCAGGAACAACUUUCGAGCUGGGGCGAGCUCUGCGGGUCUGAAGCAAACCUUUGUCGAACUUGUCUCAAGAAAAUAUCACAAUUAUGAAAUUCGCUACACGGACGGUUCCAAAGGGAUGCAAGGAUUUGGUUUCGGGGUAAGCGGUCAUAAUAACUCUCUUAUUUCCAGCAAGAAGCUCGUCGACAUUUGCCAGGUUUUCUCGGCCGGAGUCGCCGGAAUAUUUGAAGCUGCCACUAUACCGUCAAGCAAAUCGAUCCUGAUAGUUACCGACUCGGCUAGCGUCAUCGAUGCCGUUGGCGCGGCUAUAACCAGGCAUCCAUGGAUACAAGCUAUCAGGAGGUAUCUGCUGCCGGAUACAGUCCUCAUGUGGGUCCCCGGACAUAGUGACAUAGCCGGCAAUGAAGCGGCCGACCGUUUUGCUGGAAUCGGUCACCUUGGACAACUUUUGACGCGCAAAGUACCGCUAGACGACAUCAGACUAUGGAUCGCCAACACGUUCAAAAUUUUUUGGGCGAAAAAAUGGUCCGUUGAAGCGACGCUGUUCUUCCGGAGAAUCAAAGGAUUCAUCACCAGAUUCGAAGACGUCAAAACGAUGAGACAGCAACGAAUCUUAUCCAGGUUAAGAACCGGCCACUGCAACAUGUCACACAACUUCAACAGAGGACCCUUUCAUCCCCUUUGUAACUUGUGCGAGGUUCGCAAUUCAGUCGAACACAUCCUCUGUAUUUGCCCAAAGUAUGAGAACCUCCGGAACUUACACGGGAUCAGCGGGAGCAUUCGAGAUGUGCUUGGCGACGACCCUUCACAAACUACUGCACUGCUCUGUUUUUUGAAAGAUGCCGAUCUGUACUUUAAAAUUUGA